UUGCAACCCUUUUGUUAUUGUCAGAAUUAAUAGAAUUUAACAAUAUUUUAAUUAUUGAAUUAAACUAUUUGUGAACUAUAUAAUGUAAAAUAAAUGUGUACAAACGAAUUAGUGAAAUGUUAGUGGAUAUAAAAGUGGAAAAUAUAAGUGUAUAACUCAUUCGAAAUGGGAAAAAUGCGUACUUUAAAUAGUCGAAAUUUUGAACUUUAAACCCAAAUAUCUCGAAAACUAUAAGUUUCCCGCGGCUAUAUCUGUAUAUAUUCUUGAUCUGGAGGAUCUCCUCUAUCCGCCCAUACCCAUUUUAUCCGCGAAAGCGUGGGACGUUAUACUAAAGUUUUCCCAAGGCAGAUUUCGAUCAGGUGAUCUCAGCUGUGUUUUACAUAUAGGAACAGCCGAUUCUAGUUGUUAAUAAAAGAUUAUGCAAUAAUCUAAUGUUUAAAACUCGAAGUUGUCAAAUAAAUAACUAGCUUGCGACUUCUGAUUACUAAAUUAGUCGAUAGUGAAAUGUUAUCGAAUCAUUUUAUUUCUCUGAUCACACAUUCUUCCAAUGGGAUAAACGUUGUUAAUAGACAAUUAUGUCAAUAACUUUGUUAUAUAAAGGUGAAAUGUUAUCUGUGAGUGUUCGAUCUUGGAGGCAGUGUACUAUAGUUUUACACCGUACACUUUCAACGAAUACAAAUGAAUAUCAAUGUGAAAAUGUUGCUAAGAGUAAAGGCACUAACCGGUCAAUGCUGUUAACCCAACAUAGAAAUGUAUUAUUUGGUAUUAUGCCGUACGAUGAACCCUGUUCUUGGGUUCACUUGACGGAAAAGUAUACAAAGAAAUUAUUUGGACGAUAUGGCUUAUCAUCAAGAGCUGAUCCUUGCGUGUGUUUCAAAGCCAAAGGGCUACAAGAAACAAAUGAAAAACAUUCGUUGGAUCAUAUGCUAUUACAUCAAAGAAAUAAUAGAAUGAAGGAAAAUCAAUAUAUAAAGAGCAGAGAAAUGGAGGUCGCUGCUAAGCUAGAAAAAUUAGAACAGUGGAAGUUGGAAAUGAGGAAUAAAAUUGCCAAAAAGGAAGCAGAUGCAUUAGCAGCAAAGCAGCAGAAACAAAGACUGAUAGAGGAAGUUCGAAGACAUUUUGGUUUUAAUGUAGACCCUCGGGACGAAAGAUUUAAAGACAUGUUGGAACAAAAAGAGAGGGAGGAAAAGAAAAAACAUAAGGAAGCUAAACGGAAGGCCAAAGAAGAUAAACUAAUGGCGAGAAUUGCAGGAAAUAAUUCCAAAACUUAAGAAGAAAUAUAUAUACAGAUAAUCAUAUUGAUAAAUGGUUUAUAAAUUAAAACUGCAUUGUAACUAUUUAUUUUCAAUGUUGCUGUGUAGAAUCUAGACUCUAAAAUCGAAUCGUUUGAGAUAACUAUAGAAGACACAUUAGUUAUUAAGAUAUUUGUUGACAAAAUCAUAACAUUUCAAAUCUAAUAGAAACUUUUUCAGCUUAUCACUUGUUUAACAUAUUUUAUAUAUAUUUUUCACAGAAGUUUCGCAGAUUAAAGAGUUUUGUUGUUUGCUAAGCGGUUGUCAUUGUUGUUUUCUAAUCAAGAUAGAUAGGGAGUAAAAAUAGAUAACUUUAUGAUGAA